AUGUCUUUGCAAAGCGACAUUGAAUCCACACAACAGAAGUUUCCAAACGACCCCAUAUUCACCCAACUUCGCCGACUCGCCGCAGAGCGACCUGGUCUCUUAUUCCACGACGAAUACGGCAUUGAUGCGGGUUAUAGUCACUUGAUCCGCGAUGUCAAACAUAUGCGUCAGGUCCUGCGAGCACAGCUCCCGAGUUCUUUAUUCAAUGAGAAAGGCUGUCUUACGCAUGCCACGUCUAUCGCGUUCCUCUCGUUCAGUGGAUACUACUACAUUGUAAGCUUCCUUGCUGUUGCGGCUCUAGGAGGAGUGUACGUACCACUAGCGAGAAUCCUUACACCGGACGAAGCGCUAUACAUUUUGAAAAAGACAAAGGCAGCCCAUAUCCUAGUUGAGGGAAGUACUUUCAACAUGGCCGCAGCAAUUAAGGAUCACGUCCAGAGCCAGGGCCAGAAGGUAAACCUAAUCACAAUAACAAGAGCAGACUCGGUGUCAAGCCCAUAUUCUCCCGAAGUACAGAUCAACGAUGGAUUAAACUUCUCCUCCACCGCGGAAUGUCUGGUGCUGUUUUCGUCUGGGACAACCGGGCCGCCAAAAGGAGCCGUUCUCCCCCGCCAGAUGUUCUAUUUCAAUCCAGACGAGAUAGACCCAGGGACACUAUAUCUAGCAUCCAGUCCCAUACAUUGGGUGGGAGGUACAGGUCUCAUAGACAGUGUUCUAUGCGGAGAGAGUCUGCAUAUCAUAAAGUCUGGGUCCGAGCCAGCGAAGUUCUGGGAGAUUCUAAGGGAGGGUAAAAUCACGGACAUGAGCUUGUCUCCGACAGUUUUAAGGGAGUUAAUGGUAUACUAUAUCGAAAAUAUCAGCAGACUCUCGUCAGAAGAUCGUGACAAAUAUAUUAACGGGGCUCGAAGACUAAAGACAGUAUACACUAGUGGUUCCAUGCUUCAUUCUUCUAUUCGACAGUUCUUUGCCGAUCUAACCGAUAUGCCUAUCAGAAAUGCAUACGGGCUGACCGAGAUGGGAGGAGGGGUGAUGAUUACUCCGGCUGGCUCAGCCUUUGUGGAAGGAUAUAUGGGUAGACCUUUUCCGGGGAUAACAGUGAAGCUCUCCGAUGGCGACCAUGGAGAAAUCCUCGCCAAAAGCCCUGCCAUGUUCAUCCGGUAUAUCGACGACGAAGCAGCUACACGCGCUGCGUUCGACGAUGAGGGGUUUUACAAAACAGGAGAUCAUGCCCACCGCAUUGGUGAUGAUUAUUAUUUCGACGGCAGGGCCUCGUGUGAUUGGAUCAAAUUCCAUGCGUACAAGAUAUCUACUCUGGAACUGGAGCAGAGUCUGAUGGAUCUUCCCUAUAUAUCAGAAGCCCAUGUACUCCCGGUCCUGGAUCGUGAGGCUGGCGGAAUGGUAGCUGCGCUGGUUCGACUUCAGGCGCAGGAUAUGGGUAAAGAAACACAUGAAGUCACCCUGCGGACUAUACGGGAGGAACUCGCUGCCGCUGGCAUGGUUUCCUUCAAAUUGCCUACACUAUUGCGUGUGCUUCAGGAUGGGGAACAGGUCCCCGUAACUGCUUCAGGUAAAGUCAUAAAAAAGGUAUGCCUUCAAAACUACUUUAACAUAUCUGGAUACCUCCCAGAUGGGUAUUCCGUGGACGGUGUGGAGUAUUGGGGAAACAAGCUUGAUUUGGAUACUUCGUCACGUUUGUUCGACUGGGGAGGCAUGUGA